CAACCAAUCUUGGUAUGUGUCGUGAGGGUGUCAAGGAGAUUGAGACCAUGGAGAAUUUUUUUAAGCCUGAUGGUCUUCAAAAGAUUAUGUUUUAUUAUCAAGAAACAGACAACAUACCAGAAGCAGUUGAACAUGUUCGACUGGGUCCGGGUGGAGCACCAAGGACUACCAUAAAAACAAAGCCAAAAGUAUUUGUCACUGAUGGCAAAGAUAACCAGCUUUCUGGUGCAUGCGUGUUCUUUAUUCGUAUCAACCCAUCAAAACAGAUCAAUACUUCCAACAUAUAACAGGUAAAAAUAAAAGAAUUGCCCUAGCUAGUUUGACAGUAUUAUUGUUAAGUCCAUAACCCUGAAGGG